GUAGUGUCCCAGGCCCUGGAGCUCAGGGAGCCACACAACCUGUGCAGAUCUUGGCGUGGUGUGCUCCACCAGGUCGUGGAGCAGGAGGCGCAGCACCGCCGCUUCCGGCUGCGAUCCGGCCCACCACUGCCGCCCCGGGAGCCCGAGCGCCGCGAGCGGGGACCCCGGGACCCCGACGAGGGUGACAAGUCCGAUCCAGAGGACGAAGAGGAGCAGCGGCCCGCCCAGGGCUGCGCCAGCAGCAGCCUGUUGCGCGCCGCCCUGGCGUCGUCGCGCCUCGCCAGGUCGAAGACCAAGUCUGGCGCGGCGGAGCCGACGGCGCAAGACGCGCUGGUGGCUGGCGGCACGGAGCCCGAGGAGCUCCAGGGCCAGGAGUCCUGCCCCCCGUCGGACCGCUGGACGAGGGCCGCCCGGGUCUCGAUGGUGGUGAGCCGCCUCGCAGGCUCCACCGACGAGCCCCCGCGCGAGACUCUCCCGGCGGCCUCUGGCGCGGUCAAUCACAGGAGGUCGGGGCUGUGGGGCCGAGCGGAGAAGAGGGCCACAGCAGUGGAUCGUCUGGGCGCGGCUGGUCCGCGGGCAUCGCUUCACCCGCAGCAGGGGCACGCCGAGCCAGGCAGCUCCAGGGCCGAUCCGCGCGAGAAGCUGUGGAGGCGAGUGUUCGGCCGCCUGGCGAAGGGGCAGCGGGUGAUGCGGGAGGACCUGCGCCAGGCCGCCGAUCAGGCCGGCCUGGCGUCCGCGCGGCAGGCGGACCUCGACGCGGCCUUCGAGUCGGUGUCCAUGUUCAGCUCCCUGGGGCAGGAGGAGUUCUUCCGGUUCAUGGACCUGUUCGAGCGGCGGUACAGGGAGAGGGUGCGGGAGGCCUUCGAGAGGGCAGACGCGGACCGUUCGGGCUUCGUCAGCAUGGACGAGCUGAGGGGUGUGAUGAUCGACGUGUUCGGACAGCUGCCCUCCACCCAGCUGCUCCACGAGCUGAUGCAGGAGACCGACAGCGACGGCUCCGGCCAGCUCGACCUGCAAGAGUUCGAGGGCCUCAUCCGCCUGCUGCGCGAGAGCGUGGGCUUCACGCGCGAGGAGCGCCAGGCACUGCAGGAGCUCUUCCAGCGCUUUGACCCGGACGGCACGGGCUCCGUCGGCAGCGAGCACGUGCCCCGCGCCCUCGCGUGGCAGGGCAGCUUCCUCGACGCCGAGGAGGUGGCGGCCCUUGCGGCCGAGGUGGACGCAGACGGCAGCGGGGGUCUGGACUUCCACGAGUGGCUCAUGUGCCACAGGAAGGCACGCGACAUGGAGCGGCAGCGGUUCCGCGAGGCCUUCGAGGCCCUCGACGCCGACGGCUCCGGCACAAUCCCGGUAGACCGGGUGACGGACCUCCUGUACCUCUUGGGGUGCAUGGCCGACCACGGGACCGUCCUGGAGAUCGCCGAGGAGGUCUGCUCCCCAAGGGAGCCCCGCCUCGGCGCGGAGGACGUGGAGGAGCUCCUCCGCCAGUACCUCGUCCGCGACGGGCUGUCGCAGGAGGUCUGCGCGGCGGUCAAGGCCGCGAUGGAGCGCUACGACCCGGGCGGCGACGGCUUCCUCGGGAGCGAGGCCGUGGGCAAGCUGCUGCGGUGGUUCGGCCACAGCCUGGCGUCCGAGGACGUGCUGCGCCUUGUCGGCGGGCUGGACCUCGACGUCCCUGGCCAGCUGCGGGAGAGGGACGUCAGGAGGCUGCUGCGCAGGGUCCAGGAGAGCGGCCUGCAGCGCAUGCACGCGGCCUUCGAGGCGCAGGACGGCGCACGGAGCGGCCGCAUCACCGGGGCCCAGGCGCGCGACGCGCUGCUGGGCAUGCAGCUGCUACAGGGUACGGAGGCCUGCCCAGGCAGUGAGCUGCCAGAGGUGAUCCAGGCAAUCCCGUCCGCCAAGUGCGAGGAUGGCCUCACCCGCACAGCCUUCGUCUACGUCGCCUCGCAGCACGCCGCUCGGGCGCGCGAGAGCUUCAGGGAGAACGCUGGGUACAGCGCCAACGAGCUUGUCGAGCUGCGGCACGCCUUCCAGAACUACGACGCGGACGGCAACGGGCUGAUCAGCAACUCCGAGCUCGUUGCCCUCGUCAGGGGCAUGUUCCCUGUCGUGAACACCAGGAUCAAGCGGCGCCUCGGGGAGCUGAUGCAGGAGGUAGCAGGGCAGCGGUCCGGGGAGAUGGACUUCCCGGAUUUUGUAAGGCUCAUGCGGCAGUUCCACGACCUCCUGGUCCAGGAGAUGGCCGAGAAGGAGAAGUGUGCCGUAGCAGACACGCAGUUCUCGGCGGAGGAGGUCGCGGGCUUCCGCGGGCUCUUCCUGGAGACCUCGAGGGACGGCCCGGGCCCGAAGGCGCAGGUGGCCGGGGCCGAGGAGCUACCGCUGCAGUCCCUGAUGCGGCUGGUCGGGAAUAUUUGCUCGGUGAGCCAGUCGACGGAGAAGACAAUCUUGAAGUACAUCAUGGACGCCAAGGCAAGGUGCGAGGCCAGGGGCGCUGUGGUGCGGAGGCCAGGCGUCGCCGCGGACGGGAGCUUCGCCGUGAUGGUCGACUUCGCCGAGUUUCUCAGGGUGAUGCGGCAGCUGCUGGAGGCGAAUUUUGGCAACGUCGUGGGCGGCCGGACGAUCUGA